AUGGCGGUCUUCAGAGGUAGAGACAGUCACUCAAGAGCUCCCUACUCUAAUGAAAUCACAGAUGUGGCCAGUAUUUGGGCAUUUGUGUAUGGGAGCACACUUUGUGCCCGUUUAAGAGUCCCCCACCAAUGCUUAAGAAGACUGAGAAAGCGGAUACUUGUUGGAUGGAUGGACAGUAAUGGUGGCUUGGAAAAUGGGAAACCUGUUGACUUAGUUUUGAGCUGUGUGGACAACUUUGAAGCUCGAAUGGCAAUUAAUACAGCUUGUAAUGAACUUGGGCAAACAUGGAUGGAAUCUGGGGUCAGUGAAAAUGCAGUCUCAGGGCACAUACAACUCAUCAUUCCUGGAGAAUCUGCUUGUUUUGCGUGUGCUCCUCCACUGGUAGUUGCUGCAAAUAUUGAUGAAAAGACACUAAAGAGAGAAGGUGUCUGUGCAGCUAGUCUUCCCACGACCAUGGGAGUAGUUGCUGGAAUUCUUGUACAAAAUGUGUUAAAGUGA